AUGACUGCUGGCUAUUAUUACUGCGUACCAGGCUUUAACUUCAGAGACCGAAGGAUCCAAAGCCCCAAAGGAACCCCCACCUCGAUAAGCCCCCAAAAGCAAUCACUGCAUCUCUCUUCCAAAUUGUCUAAUAACAGUGAUAGUAAUAGAGGCAGUGACAGUGACAGUGACAGUGAUAGUAACAGUGACAGUGAUAGUAACAGUGACAGUGAUAGUAAUAGUGACAGUGACAGUGAUAGUAAUAGUGACAGUGACAGUAACAGUGACAGUGAUAGUGACAGUGACAGUGAUAGUAAUAGUGACAGUGACAAUAAUAGUGACAGUGACAGUGAUAGUAAUAGUAACAGUGACAGUGAUAGUAACAGUGACAGUGAUAGUGAUAGUAGCAGUGACAGUAACAGUAACAGUGACAGUGACAGUGAUAGUAACAGUGACAGUAACAGUAACAGUGACAGUGACAGUAACAGUGACAGUGACAGUGAUAGUAACAGUGACAGUGACAGUGAUAGUAACAGUGACAGUGAUAGUAAUAGUAACAGUGACAGUGAUAGUAAUAGUGACAGUGAUAGUAACAGUGACAGUGAUAGUGAUAGUAAUAGUGAUAGUAACAGUAACAGUGACAGUGACAGUGAUAGUAAUAGUGACAGUGACAGUGAUAGUAACAGUGACAGUGACAGUGAUAGUGACAGUGACAGUGAUAGUAACAGUGACAGUAAUAAUAACAGUGACAGUAAUACUAACAGUGACAGUGACAGUGAUAGUAACAGUGACAGUGACAGUGAUAGUAACAGUGACAGUGAUAGUAAUAGUAACAGUGACAGUGAUAGUAACAGUGACAGUGAUAGUGAUAGUAAUAGUGAUAGUAACAGUAACAGUGACAGUGACAGUGACAGUGAUAGUAAUAGGGACAGUGACAAUAAUAGUGACAGUGACAGUGAUAGUAACAGUGACAGUGAUAGUGAUAGUAGCAGUGACAGUAACAGUAACAGUGACAGUGAUAGUAACAGUGACAGUGAUAGUAAUAGUAACAGUGACAGCAAUAGUAACAGUGACAGUGAUAGUAAUAGUGACAGUGACAGUAAUAGUAACAGUGACAGCGAUAGUAAUAGUGACAGUGACAGUAAUAGUAACAGUGACAGCGAUAGUAAUAGUGACAGUGACAGUAAUAGUAACAGUGACAGCGAUAGUAACAGUGACAGUGACAGUAAUAGUAACAGUGACAGCGAUAGUAACAGUGACAGUAAUAGUAACAGUGACAGUGACAGUGACAGUGACAGCGAUAGUAACAGUGACAGUGAUAGUAACAGUGACAGCGAUAGUAACAGUGACAGUAAUAGUAACAGUGACAGUGACAGUGACAGUGACAGCGAUAGUAACAGUGACAGUGAUAGUAACAGUGACAGCGAUAGUAACAGUGACAGUGAUAGUAACAGUGACAGUGACAGUGACAGUGACAGCGAUAGUAACAGUGACAGUGACAGUGACAGCGAUAGUAACAGUGACAGUGAUAGUAACAGUGACAGCAAUAGUAACAGUGACAGUGAUAGUAAUAGUGACAGUUACAGUGAUAGUAACAGUGAUAGUAACAGUAACAGUGACAGUGACAGUAAUAGUAACAGUAACAGUGACAGUAAUACUAACAGUGACAGUAAUAGUAACAGUGACAGCGAUAGUAACAGUGACAGUGAUAGUAACAGUGACAGUGACAGUAAUAGUGAUAGUAUCUAG